GGCUUCUCCAGUUGGAAGCACACAUGCCAAACUGCUCUGGAGACGCCGGAGGCAUCGGCAGAUCCCAGACGAGCGUUGAGUGAAGGCUGUGAUCUGCCUUACCGGUCACCUCACUCAGGACACAGCGCUCGCACGUUGCAGCAGCUCCAGACCCCACUACUACCGGAAAGUUACAGGUACCGGAACCAAGAAGACCAGCGCGGCCCAGGAACAGCGGAGGAAAACUCUUCCCAGGAUGGUCUCCCACUCAGAGCUGAGGAAGCUCUUCUGUUCGGCUGAUGCAGUGUGCUUUGAUGUUGAUAGCACAGUCAUCAGAGAAGAGGGAAUCGAUGAGCUGGCCAAAUUCUGUGGUGUGGAGGCUGCAGUGUCUGAAAUGACACGGAGAGCCAUGGGAGGAGCGUUGCCUUUCAAAGAUGCGCUCACUGAGCGCCUGGCACUGAUCCAGCCCUCCAGGGAUCAGGUGCAGAGGCUGCUGGCUGAACACCCGCCACACCUGACCCCGGGGAUAAGGGAGCUGGUAAGCCGCCUCCAGGAGCGGAAUGUUCAGGUGUUCCUCAUCUCCGGGGGCUUUAGGAGUAUUGUGGAGCACGUUGCUGCAAAGCUCAACAUCCCCACAACCAAUGUCUUUGCCAAUAGGCUGAAAUUCUACUUCAACGGUGAGUACGCAGGUUUUGACGAGACGCAGCCGACAGCCGAGUCAGGUGGGAAAGGAAAGGUUAUUGGAUUUUUAAAGGAAAAAUUUCACUUUAAGAAAAUAAUCAUGAUUGGAGACGGAGCCACAGACAUGGAAGCCUGCCCUCCCGCUGAUGCCUUCAUUGGCUUUGGAGGCAACGUGAUCAGGCAGCAGGUUAAGGACAAUGCCAAGUGGUACAUCACUGACUUUGUUGAACUGCUAGGAGAACUGGAAGAAUGAUCUGGACUUCCCGGUCACUCAGAACAACUCCACCUUCUCGACGCUACACAGUUGGGCUCCUGGAAGAGUCUAGGAGACAGCUAUUUUUUUCUACUGUAGUUCCAAUAUUAAUAUGACUACUAAUUACAUGGAGAGUUUUAUAUUCUGAAUUCUUUGUGUAUAUUCCUCGGAAUAUUUUACCUGGAGCUUUCUGAGGUGCAUAGUAAAUUAAAUGCCUUUACUCUUGCAA